AAAAAAACUAAUCUCUACCCGCCUUUCUCUCUCACUCUUUAGCUACACCUUCAAACCGCCAUAGCCGCAGUCCUCUGCUUGUCUCAGCUCCGUAGUCAGCCACCGAUGCUCACAACACUGCCAUCGAAGCCAAAGGCCAGAAAAAUCUCUCUCUCUCUCUCUCUCUUAAUUUCUCUUGAUUUGACAUUGUUUGGUUGCCGAGAAACUGUGUAAAAACUGGAAAUUUUCUUGUAUCUGUUGCUUAAUAUGCCUAUAUAUGGAUUUUAAACUCGUUUUUGGAUGUGGGUAUUUGAAGGGCUUAUAUGGUUUGUGCGUGUAGGCUGAUUUGCGUCCAGUGUGAAAAGGCUAUGAAAGGUGUUUGUGAAAAGUUCUCUUAGAAACUAAGGUAUUCCACACUCAUUACAAACAAGUCCAUUGUGCAAAAAAUAGCUCAUCAGAAUUUAAAAACAAGCCCGUUAUCGGUUUUGCAGUUUAAUGAAAUGGAAGUAGCAUAUUGGUAUAUUUGUAUUGGAAUUUGUGGUUCAAUACAAUUGGUAGUCUCCGGCUGUUUCUGAUAUAAUUUUGUUUCAUUUUGGUUUUGUGUAUAUGAAAUGGUCGAGGGUUUGAUAAUUAUGACGAAAAAGUAGUUUAAAAAAAAAAAAAAAAUAUAUAUAUAUAUAUAUAUAUAUAACUUUGGGUAUAUUUUUGGUCUUAUAAAUGAGUACAGUUUGAAAUGAUUGUUGUAAUUAUGCAUAUGCUUGGGAAUUUUCUUUUGUUAAUGCAUUAUUGAUUUGAGUAGGUGGUUUUGGGUCAAUUUACUAUUUUUUGCAAAAUGUUUUUGGGUAUAUAUUGAUAAAAUUUGCUGUAUUGAGCUUUAUUUUCUUUUCUGUAUCAUAAAGUGAAAGAUGUAUCUUGGAAUUAAGUGGUGUGAUACAUUAUAACCAGUAUUAGAAUGUGGGGCUUUGUUGUUUUGGGCUAUCCCAAAGAUGCAACCCUAUGAAUUGCAUUUGCAACAGAUGGGGAAGCCAGCUGUUUUGUAAUUCUAGAGGGCUUUAUUCAAUUUAGUGGUUCAUUGAUGUUUAUGUGACAGUUAUAGGUUUCUGUAGAUUGAUAAAGUUUUAUUUUUGGCAGAAAAAAAAUUCGCAGUUUCUAGAUGUUUUAAAUUCAGUAUCAGAGAUGCUAUCAUACCAAAUUUCAUCACAAAGGCUCAUUCCUAUCUAAUGUUUCAACUCACUCAAAGUUUAUUGCUUAGUUAUGCCACACCCUGUAGUUCUAACCAGUUAGAAGUUUUACAGAAUGCUAGUUCCAUGUGUUCGGUUCUUUCCUGAAAGUUUCAAGUGUUAUACGGACUUAUAACAAUUUCAAAGCCAGCUGGUCAGUUUCUGUCAACAGUAAAUUGAAUCUGCAUUGUUCUACACCAGCUGAAAGAGGUCACCAUCAAGUGAUGUUCAGUGUGGUACCAGCUUGGGUUUUUAUCAAUGGUGGAAGCUUUAACUUCAAAAAUACCAAGCCCACUUCAUGGGUUGCACACUAAACCCUCACUCCAAUCUUUUUCUUCACCUCCCAAUCCCAAACCCUAAUAAAUCUCCAACACACCUCUGUCCCAGUCCUCCUCAGCCGCUCCCAUGGCUGCUGCUGCUGCUGCUCUCCAACUCAGACCCAAACACAGAACCCUCCACAACCCUUCUCUCAUCCACCUCUUCUCCACCUCGUCCACCCCUCCUCCUGACCCCACCACUGAUCAAUACCCAUCCUCCACUUCAUCCCAAUCCCAAUCCCAAUCCUCAUUUUCUUCCCAUUUCUCUGAUGUCAAAGCUAGUCUCAAACAACAACAAAGACCUAUUUCCCCAUUUUCUUCAAGGAACCCCACAAACCCAUCCAAACCUUCAAACCCUUUAAGCUCAUCUUUUUCUAGGCCUUCCAAAGCCGCUUCCCUUGAAGAAAUCUGCAAGAACCUAUCUGAGUUUCGCACCAGAUCCUCUGUGCCACCUUCCACCAUUCAACCCAACUCUACACACUCCUCUCAGAACAUCUCAUUUCAAGAGCUUUACAAACGGAAUGUGACUGCGAAGGCAGACGAGAAUGCUACCACAAAUACCACCGAAUCUGGCCUUCGAAAGUCGGUGGUGGUGGCAUUGGCCGCAAUCUUUCCUUUGAAGCGAUUCGAGAAAGCUUGAGGCAGAUUCAUUUGAAAACUGAGCCACCCCAAAAUCAGAGGAGCAGUGGGGACCCCAUGACCUUAUUGGCAUUUAAGAAUAGUUUGAAAUUGAAGCCGACAUCAAAUUCGGGCCCAGUGAUUGGUGGGACUGAUAUGCUGCCGCUUUCGGUGUUCGGGAAUGGGAGGGAGAGAAAGGCAGGGGAGAGGGAGACAAUGGCGAUGAAGACAGAGUUUGUGAAGAUGUAUAGCUAUGGGGAGUUGGGGGAAAAGCUGAGGAAUCUUAGGCCUUCUGUGGAGGAGGUGAAGAAGGAAGGGGAGACUUUGUGGUUUUCUCUCUCAGAGUUGAAUGAGAGGCUGAUGAAGUUGAGGGAGAUGGAGGAGAAGGAUACUGAGUUGAGGAUUGGUGGAAUUUCAUUUAAGGACUUGAGGGAGAGCUUGGAUUGGAUGAGGCAGCUGGAACUUGAGAAGGCAAAGAAAAAUUCAGUCCAGAGACUUGAUAUCUUGGGUCAGUUAGGCAGAACUCCUGACUUUAUGCUUCAACCUCCAAAGGAGCAUCUAGUUGAAAAGUAUUUCCAUCCGGAUAAUAUGUCUUCUGCAGAAAAACUGAAAAUUGAGCUUGCAAAAGUUAGAGAUGAAUUUAAAAUGUCAGAUUCAGAUUGUGGAUCUGGACGCGUUCAAGUGGCACAACUCACAACUAAGAUCAAGCAUCUAUCUUCAGUUUUACACAAGAAGAACCAUGUACUCCUCGAGAUGGAGCAAUGCGUUUGGGCAGCAAUCGUAUGCGGCUCAAUCAGCUGCAUAUGGCGCUAGUAAAAUGAGUUGAAGCAGCUAGCAGCCAUCUAUUAAAAGUCUGAAGAGAAGGGUACAGAGCAGUGGUGACAUAAUCAAGCUCACCCUUGCACCCCCUCCUUCGUGGUAGAUGGAAUAUGGAAUUUAAGAAACAGAGCUGUUUUCCAAGGCGAGAAAGUUAACAUCCGUGAAGCCUGCUUGCGGAUUCAAAGCAGAAUCAUAGAGUUCCGUACUGUAAUCCAGGCAGCCAACAAAGCUCAUUGCGCAUCUUCAUCCCAGGUUUGGAAGCCACCCUUGACUAGGUUCGUCAAGCUAAAUAUGGAUGCUGCAACUGGACCAUCAGGAACUGCACUAGCAGUAGUAGCAAGGAACUCCCUCGGCGAGGUGAUCAAAGUUUGGGCUAAACCUCACCAUAGCUGCACCCCCAUCCAAGCAGAAGCAAGUGCAAGGCAGUCAAUCUAGCCUCUAAUGAAGGGUGGAAACAAGUAAUCAUAGAGAGCGAUUCCAAGAUGUGUAUGGAUUUACUGUCUGACAAUCCUUUUGUGCCUAACUGGGCCAUCAGCAAUGAUAUUGUUAAUAUCCUAAACUCUGCAUCAGUUUUUCUUAGUUACUCUUUUGUUUGGGUCCGUAGGUCUUGUAAUUUUGCAGCACAUAAUGCUGCAAAGCUAGCUUUGAAUUCUGCAUUACCUUUGUGAUUGACAAGGAGAAUCUACCUGAGGUUGUCCUCUUUGCUUGUGUGGUAGACUCCUAUGCUGUAGUAUCUUCUUUUUCGUAUGAAUGACAUUGAAGUUUAGCCAAAAAAAAAAAAAAAAAAAAAAAAAAAGUCAAGUG